UAUAUUUCUUGGUCACUUUACCAUGCACUGCCACCAAUGAUCUAUUACUUCCCCCUUCAGACACUGGCACUCACGGGUCUAGAAAUUUUUGCCGUUGCCUUCUUUUCACCAAUAUUCUUGAUAAUUGGCCCUUUUUGGAGGUUGGCUAACAAUAUGUACAUCCUAGCUCUUCUGAGACUGACUAUGGUUGGAAGCUUAGCAUCGUAUCAGGCACCAAAUGCUCCAAGUAGACUAUUCAUCUUGGCUGCUGGUGUUUCUUCCUCAUUGCUGGUUCAAACAGUAACAUGGUGGUCAGGAAACAGUUUACAAAGGUUCAUCAGGAUAUGGGGCUUCAUGCUAGGCAAGAUAAUGCUCCUUGUUCUUCGCAUCUGGUAUACAUCACUAAACCCAGUCUGGAGCUCACAAGCUGCCAAUACUGUUGUGCUGACACUUGGUUUUAUAGCAGCAGUGGAGCGAAUUUGUUCAGGUGGAGACAAGAGGAAACACGAAGCAAACAAAACUGGUAAUGCAGUUAGAGAGAGUGUUUCCCACCCUCAUUGGCUUUUGUCAGGGAUUGCUUUUGGCAGCCUCAUGUUUCUCACCCUGUGGAUAUUUGGGGAGGUCUCACUAAUUUCUAGAUGGGCAGUAAGUGGACAUCCACAUACAGGUCCAGAUCCUAAUCCAUAUGGAGGUACAGUUCUGUUGGGCCUGGUUCAUGGACUGAUGCUUUCAUUUUGGAGCUGGUCUUCUGUCAAGCUAAGUUUUGCUUGGUUUCUUGUAGGUUUAGCCUCUUCAGCUGGUCUCCUUUAUUUACACACCUGGCGUGCUGCUGUUUCAGGCAACAUUCUCGCUGUCUUUACGACGUGUGUGUGGCCUCAACUGGCUGGACGCUUUGUUAGCUGUCCGCAUCCUGGGAAAGCCAUAAGUACAGCCAUGUUUGCCUACGUUCUUGAAUUGUUCUUCUGUGUAUGGUGUACAGCUUAUAAAUUUGUACCUGGAGGAAUUUAUGCUAGAGAAAGCUCUCAUCUUCUUUUAGGGUUUAUCAUGUUAUGUAUUGGAGUUGACUUUCUAGCAGGACCAAAGAAAGACCUUAGCUCUGUCUUUGAAGUGAAAAGCAACCAAAAGCCACUGUUCAAAAAGAGUAAAAACUAUAUUAAACUAC